UUUCUUUUUUAGCCUAGUCUGUGUCACUGUAAAAUAUCGGCCAGGAUAACGACAUGAUGGGGCACGUGAGUUUGAGAAUAAUGCCGUGACAGCUAACGCGAGAGGUAAUCGAUUCUAGCUGCGUAAAACUGUGUAAAAGUAUUAAUCUAAUUGAGAGAGAGGGAGAGCGAAAGAAACCGAAAAAGAGAUGGGGGAGCAGUCUAUAGCCGUUGACCACCCGCCUCCGUCCAUAUAGACUUCGAGAACUCAGUGAACAGCAGCAUCAUUCAAUGUUCUCUUCUCGUGCUGUCUCUCAAGCUCACAUCCAUUCUCCCGCUCUUUGCUCGCGCAGAUGUCGACCUAAAGACCAGUCAACUCCAUCUCUCGUCACACAAUUGCCCUUUCUGUGUAAUUGAUCGACGUUUAUUUCACAUGAAAUUAGAAAGAUCCUGAAAACCGCUGGGCGCAAAAAGACCAAUGAUCUUUUUGGGAAUAAGAUAAACUAGUCAACCAUUUUUCCAUCUCUUUUUGGGUGCGUAGUUGGUUUGACUAGAGCAACAGUAUGGAUCUCUCAUUUAUGGCUGCACAGAUCCCAGUCAUGACAGGGGCCUUCAUGGACUCCUCACCCAAUGACAACUACAGUGGCGACCACUCGCUCUUCAACUCCUCGGCCAGUGUCCACGCUGCCUCUGCGGCUGCCUCAGCCCAGGCCCAGCAGGAUGACCAGUCCUCGUCCAGUGAUGCCAUCUGGCUCUGGAUUGCCAUCAUCGCUACUAUCGGCAACAUUGUGGUGGUGGGAGUGGUCUACGCAUUCACCUUCUGAUCCAUCUCUCCUUGACGCCCACCUAGCCAAAAAUUAGAGAGCCUCCCCAUGGGGGAACGUGAUAAAAGGCAAAGGACAAAUAUCACAUACUGAAUUAUCAAAGGGCUCUGGGAUGCGGAUGCUGGGUAUAGUGUGGGGGUUCUAUAGUUGAACCUUCCGCAUCAUUCACUUUCAAUAGAAAAAUCCUAAAGUUUCAGGACAUGAACAGUAUACACAGUACGCAAGUUCAACUGGAGGCAGAAGGGUAUUUUCAACUUUAGUUGCCUAAUUUUCAGUGGACAUCAUGCUCCUGAAUGUUGUUGUGUUGCAUUGUGGGGCUGAAGGGGCUUACAGAUACAUACAAGGUAAACUGGACCAUCUUAAAAUGUCCCCCAGAUAGAAGAGAGGCAAUUAAGAGGAGUGCUGCUUAAUUAUUGGGAUGAACAGAGAUGUGACUCUUAAAACAUUUAUGGGACUCUGGGAUUACUUCUGCAUUAGCCAUGUGCUCAGCUUCUUACAGCCUGUUAUCUGUUCUGCCAAAGGAAGGCUCAAAGUAUUAGCUUUCCUUUAUAAUAUCGACAGAAAAUGGACCAACGGACACUGGCUUUAAUGAAACAUUCCUGCAUCAUCCUUUUGGAUCCGCCAACUGUUAUUGAUUCUCAGUUUCUUUAGCAAGGCCACACCAGUUUAUGGUCCGAUAAAGACAAUCACUCACCGUCUAAUUUACUCUGAUCACAACAGAAAAUUCUUAGUCUGAAACAUUAUUUAUUACACUAAACAAUACAUCUACAUUUACAUUUACAUUUAAGUCAUUUAGCAGACGCUCUUAUCCAGAGCGACUUACAAAUUGGUCUAUCAAAGACAUUUCACUUUUUUACAACAAACCUCUCAGUAUACAACCGAGGCAGACUUGAAAGAUAUAAGCACAGUUUACAUGAGCAGGAAAAAUACUGUACAGCUUUAUUUUGUCAAAUCUUAAUUGUUAUUUAGCUACCUUCUUUGGGGUCUUUACGUGCUGUAUGAUCUAAAUAAGUGGGGUAAUAGAAAGGCUGGGUGUUUUUCUAUCUGUUUCCUUCAAGCUGGGUUCUUUACAUUCAGAACUGUUCAGUGAAAUAGCUUUGUGCUGCGGUAUGUCCAAAAACAAUUACAAUGGCGAUUAAUCCACAUCCCUUAAUUGAGAAUAUUAACAAGACGCGAGCGAGGCCCCUGGUGUCACCACAACACACAUUCUAGUGUACAUAGAUGUCAGGGAGAUCAUUUCUUUAGGUUAUCACAGUGACAGUUCUAUGAGUUUGUAUCAAAAUGAUUGACUGAUUUCUGUCUAGAACGGAACUGAAAAGAACAUACAAUACCCACAAAAUGAUGAUGGAGAUUGCUUGGUAAAUGUGAUGGUUUGAUAAAAACAUGCUUCUAAGCUUUCUGUUCCGCUGAGAAGAGCUGAUACAGGAAAGAGUCGCUCCUUUCUUGAUUUUCUUUUGUCUUCUUUCAAGGAGACGGUUGUUCUUGAAUGUUGUCUGAGCGAGAGUAAUAAACAUCUAUUUGAGCCAAGUUCUCUAUUAUAGCCAGUGAGUUAUAUCAGCCACAUUAUCUAAUGAAUGAAUAACAUUUGGAUGCUGAAGUGAAUAGCCAUUUUCUUGUGUAUACAUCCCCCACUCUUGCGCUGAUGCAGAAUGUCAACCCACUGUGCACAGACGUCAUUGAAACUAAAACAACGUUGAUUCAACCAGUGUGUGCCCAGUGGGAAAAUGUAUUCCAUCAACCUUUUUGACAUCUUUAUGUAACAUGAUAUAUUAUUUUAAGCUACAGGGCAUCACAUAGUGUUAUCGAUAACAUAUUUAAGGAUCUGGGUAGGGGCUGUUAGUAUUCAAUUAUAUUUCUUAUAUGAUCUUGAUAAAAGAAGACUUUGUAGUAAGACUAUCUACUGUAAAAGGUUGUAGAGGGUUUCUCAUGUCAUGGUAUACACUGUACAUAUUGGUAUUUCUACAACAUACGCAAAGAACUUACUUACAUUACCCAACUAUGAUAGAACUUCCAACAAAUUGUAAUAUUUAAAUCCCCAAAUUAGGAGGUAAUAAUAUAAUGUUGAGAUAAGGUCUUCCAAAGACCGUUAGUUUAUUUUCUAAUAAGAUGUGAAUGUGUGAGUGUUUAGCAAUGUUGUAAUUCACAUAAAUUACACAAUAUUAUUUUUUGUAAGAACAUCUAUUACUAUUAAAGUUUCAGGACUGCUGUA